CUCCACGUAAACACUGCGCCGCUCGCUGCGCCUUUCACGCGCUUUUAAGACUCUUUAAAGUUUGUGCGGACCGAGUCCAGCUGUUAACAUCUGUCAGCAUCUGUCCACAGCUGUUCGAAGGCUCGCUCUACCCUCCCGCGGCUUUAAUUAGUCGGCACGUGAUGUUAACCGCGGCUGCUUAAUUACCCGGAGCAGCUCCGAGCGUCACUUUGGAGGAGUUCCCGGAGCACCGGGGCCUCCGGGGGAGAUUUACAGCCGAGAUCGAGCCCUGACACGCGGCCGUUAAUCACCAGAGCCCCGCUGCUCCCAGAGGGUGAGGGAGUGAGUGAGCCGCAGGACUCUGGCGCCUCACACUAGACCCGGACACUCCUGGCUCUGGGUCCGCCCACCGGCACAUCCAGCUGGACAGCCCCGACCGGACUCACACCUCUCACCCCGGAGGACCUGCUGCCAAUGGCAACUUUCAUCUCCGCCCUCGUCUUCCUCCUCGCCGUGAUGGGCGGGACUUCCCCUGCUGCCAGUCAGUCCGGCGCUCCGACAGAGCCCAUGUGCUACGACUGGGGCGAGUCCAGCGAGGGGGCGGUCUCUGUCGUGGAGGGCGAGGUCGGUUGGCUCUCCUGUCCUCUUUUCUCUCAUCCCUCCGUCUACAACUACACCUCCACCCAGAGCGCCGGGCACAACCUCUUCUGGUACCGCCUCCCCGAGGGCCACGACCUGGAGCAGCCAAUCACGUACAGCUCGCGGCUCAGCAAAGACAGAGAGAGACUGUUUCUGCAGCCGGCCGCCACCGCCGACACCGGCCAGUACAUCUGCAUGCUGCGGAACAAGUCCUCCUGCAGUAAGAUCGCCAUCCGCCUCAAAGUGUUGCGGCCGGACGACGUUGUUAAGUGUGCGCUGCCGGUUGCCGUGGCACCGAUUGAGGACUUGAUCCCUUUACAGGAGGGGAAGACGUUAGACUGUCCAGACCUGCAGGAUGCCACCAAGAUGUCAGAGAGCGCACCAAAGGUCCAAUGGUACUUUGUGGCGCACCCGGUGUGCGACUGGUAUCCGUUCUGGGACAGCGACAGGGAGCAGAAAGGAAACAGUCUGCAGGUUCACCUCAUGAUGGAACAGUAUCAGGGUUUAUAUUACUGCAGAGUCCAGUACCAGAGGAGGAACCAAACACUCAACUUCACCAGGAGCAUCAACGUCACGGCCAUCUUGCCCCUCUCGCUGCCCAAAGAGCCCAGCAUCAUGAACCCCACACAUGACCAGAUUUUCACAGUCAAAACAGGCACCGAGGUGCGUCUGGUGUGCAGAGGUCAGCUUCCGUUCGUCCUGCACAAACCGUGGCGGGAGAUCUGGUGGACAGUUGAUGGGAAGACGCUGGACAAACUUCCUGAUCGAUUCACACAAAUUAGCAGGGUGGUGAGAGACCACUUCAGGGACCUGACUAUCGAGAACAUCCUCGUGAUCCAGGACUUCCAGUCCAAAGACCUGAAGCGGGAGUUUUACUGCUCCGUGAAGAACGAGCGAGGCUUCGAUACCCGCAGAGCUCAGCUGGAGGAGGAAGUGUCGCUGCCCACCGUGGAGCUGGGCUGCGGCCUCGGCGUCACUCUGCUCCUCAUGCUGAUCCUCUUCGUGGUUUAUCACGUCUUCUGGCUGGAGCUGCUGCUGCUCUAUCGCUCCUGGUUUGGCACAGACGAGCGGCACACAGAUGAUAAGGAGUUCGACGUGUACAUUUCGUAUGCGAGGAACAGUGAGGAGGAGCAGUUUGUUCUGUUGACGCUGCGCAGAGUCCUGGAGAACGAGCUCGGGUACUCGGUGUGCAUCUUCGACCGAGACAGCCUGCCCGGCGGGACCAUCACAGAUGAGACUCUGAGUUUCGUGGCUCGCAGCAGGCGCCUCCUGGUGGUCGUCAGUCCCGGCUACGCCUCACAGGGCUCCCAGGCUCUGCUGGAGCUUAAGGCCGGCAUUGACACCAUGGCGCUAGCUGGGCACCUGCGGGUGAUCCUGGUCCAGUACAAGCCGGUCCGGAGGAAGGGCUGGGUCAGGGAGCUGAGGCGGGCCCGGGUGGCUCUGGCGCUGGUCCGAUGGCAGGGGGACAAGUCCAGAGAGCUGUCGUCACGCUUCUGGAAGAGGCUGAGGGUGGAGUUGCCCGUGAGGAGGGUUAGCAGCCGAGGGGAGGACGAAGAAGAGAGCAGUAAGGAGGUGGCGCUGAUGAGGCUUCACAGUCAGAACAGUACAAACUCCCAAACGGGGCUGAUCAGCAACACCGUCAAAGACCCGCAGAAAGUCCUGAAUUCUGCAGCGUAGCAGCGGCUCUCUGAGAACAGUUACAGCUGAUGGAGCUCAGCUGGAGAAGGCUCGUGGUUUCUCUGAAUGAGAGUUAUUAUAGUCAUGUUUGUGACCAGGACCGACUCAGAUUUAUUCAUUUUAUGAAACAAAGUUUCAUUUUCCCUUUAAAGAUAUGAAACAGUCCGCAGCCAUGCUAGCAGCUGUCAGUAUUUACAUCAGAAAACAAGCUAAUGUUUUGACCAGUGUCGCAUUAUGAACAAACGGCACGUUUCAGCGUCCUGGGUUAAUGAGACUGUGCUCCACCUCGUUUCCUCUGCAGGUGAUGUUUGGCCAAAACCACUUACAGAUACCCGCAAGGUUUCCUUUGGCCUCUGCAACGACACGCGAUGUCAUCGUGUGACUUGUUUUGGACAGAGUUGCAGUUUUAAACGUGGCAGUCACAUUUUUAACCCAAAACCACAAUAUUUGCUGAAGCCGACCAAGUUCUUUAUGCCUAAAUGUAGCUGCGUAGUUCUUGGUGCUUAAAUAUAACAGUUUACUCUUGACUGUGGUUCUGUGGUUGACAAAGACCAUGUGAGCACAGUAGUUUAUUUAUAUGAACUAUAUAAUCAUUGACCAACAGGCUGCACAAUAACCAAAACCUCCCAAAUGGAACAAAAUAGUUCAAGUAAUUUAAAAACGGUUAAAAAAAAUAACCGUUUUUUACAAAAACGUAAGGUAGAAAAAACGGAAUAAAUUCGUACAUCUAGCUGAGAACAGAGGAUUGGCUGCUCGACACCAUCGGUGGAGGUCGAGCCCAGCACGUGCAGCUCAGAGGAUAGACGUCCAUGUAUGUGUGAGUCAUGUUUCACACUAAUCAUCUAACAGCUGUGCAGAUAUUUAAAAAGGAAAAUGUAAAUCUCCCGAUGGUGCUUUGGGGAAAGGAGUUCAUUAAACAUCGACGUUCAAGCGUGGAUGUUACCGUCCUUACUGCAAAGCUGCUAGCAUGGCUAAAACGAGCUCCAGACAUUUUUAAAGGGUUAGUUCGUCAGUUAAAAUGCUGAAAGCGCCCCUAGAGGCUGCAGUGUUCAUUACAACAACAGGAAGUCUGUGUUGUCAGUCCUGGAGCUGACGUCACGGUGCCGUUAAAGCUGGUCGCCCUCGAGAGCGGGAGGAGGACGAUGCAGAUGCUUCGAUAGAAGUGUUCGUUUUACAGGUUUUCAAUUUCACUCAUUUUCAUGUAACUUUGAUAUUAGCUGCCAUUUCAUCAUCUACAGUAUCCACUCAUUAUCACACGUGUCAUUGUCACACGUGUCAUUAUCACGUUUGUGUAUUUCAUUUUGUUUGUUUGUCCAGAGUUAAAAACGUUUGUGUUUUCUAAACUGGUGCUUUAUAAAAGAGGUUUGGUUUUACUUUAACAGUGUUUUGUGCAAACAUGCACAAAAUCGGCUUAAACACAUGUUAAUCAAAUCGUAACACACAGUUAACACACUAAUAGACUAUAGAGGUGGAUUAAAAUCAAGUCCUGCAUCAUGUUAGCAUUCAGUGUUAGGUUGAUAUGGGUUUAUCGUUUUUUCUACAUAUCUUUUAAAAACCAAUAUCAGAACACAGUCACCUGUUGGUGGGACUCGUGGAGAGGUCAGGAUAACAAAGUUGGUAAGAGUCAUCCUCGGGGGGCGAUGACCAUCUAUACAAAAUUUAUUCAAAUCCACACAAUGGAUGCUAACACAUCACAUGUGCCACAGACGGGCAGCAUUUCCAUUUAUAUACGUGUAUGUCCUCUGUAGCUGAAUGUAGUCGUCAUUUUAAUUGGUUACAAAGUUACAAAAGAGCACAACACCUGCCUAAUGAGCAGGUCACUACACAAUCACCUGUAGUGUGUAUGAAAGAUACUGACUUAUCUGAAAAUACACACUAAAUAACCACCAGGCAGUCGUAAAACUUAAAGUGCGACACAAACUGGAAAUGAAUAAAGUUUGCCUUCAAAGUAAAAGUACAACUUUUACUUUGAAGGCAAACAUGGCAACAAGUGAUUUCGUUACCGCUCAGUAGUUGACGGUGUUUUCAGACAAAUCGGACGCUUUCAUUCAACGUAGGUGCAGCUACAGCAAUCUGUUAGCAUCCAAGGUCUUUGGUACAACCAGUUUCACCCAGUAACAGCAACCUCCAGGAACCAGUCAGGGAACACCCACAUUUUCUUAAAGACUGGUGGGUACGGUUACCUGUGUGAUUUGUGCUUGCACACAUGUGACAUCGCUUGGAUAGUUUUUGCACAGACCCCAGCAGAGAGGUAAAGCUGGGUAUCAUCUGCAUAGAGUUAUCGUAUCGUGACCUCCUAAACAACACAUUACAAAGAAAAACCAAGUAUGGAUUCAUGCACUGCAGGUUUUAGACAUCAGCAUUGAGUAACCUGUUAUUUGUUUGUUAAUUACUGUGCACUUUCUUUAUUUUCCACUUUAUAUUUGAUAUUUCAACAAAAAAAUCAGCUCUGAUUGUAUAUUUCUCUUACUAAAAUAUGCUACGCUAUUUAUCUCUAACCUAAACCAUCAGUGUUGUAAUGAGAGAAAGCAUCCUGCACUUUGUCACGCUGUGAACUGGUUAUUUUAUUUCUGUUUUUUGGUAUAAAAGUAUUUUCCUUUCACCAUCA